CGGCGGCCGCAGCGGCAGCCGCCUCUCCGCCACCGGGACGCUGAGGCGCGGCUGGCGGCUCUGACAUCCGCGGCCCUGCCUCUCCUCCCUCGCCCCCGGCCCUCCCCAUGUGAUCGGUCUUAAUCCCGACCGUGUGUGCGCGCGUGGGGGCUCCAUUGCGCGGCGCCCGGUGUCGGUGCCGGGGUGGGUGCUCUCGUGCGCUUCUCCUCCCCAUCCCCCGCCCCGUCCCCAAGAAUAAAAGAAGAACCGGGAGGCGUGCUCAGAAAAUAAAUAAAUAACCAGCACACACGCGCAGCCCGGAGUGAGGCGGCGGGGCUGGCGGCGGCGGAGGAGGAGUGAAGGCGGCGGCGGCGGAGGAGGGACGCGCGGAGCCGGCAGUAACUUUCGAGCCAGCCCAGAGCCCGGAGCUCCAGCCGAGCGGUUUGCAGCGCGGCGGCGGCGGCGCUGAGUGUCUGGCCCGCCGGUGCGGUCGGGGUGUGCAGUCGGACGGGACGAGCAGCGCGUCGCUGUCCCCCCCCUCCCGGCGGCUGGAGAUGUCCGAGCCCAAGGCGAUUGAUCCCAAGUUGUCGACGACCGACAGGGUGGUGAAAGCCGUUCCAUUUCCGCCAAGUCACCGGCUGACAGCCAAGGAAGUGUUUGAUAACGAUGGGAAACCUCGUGUGGAUAUCUUAAAAGCACAUCUCAUGAAGGAGGGCAGGCUGGAAGAAAGUGUCGCGCUGAGAAUAAUAACAGAGGGUGCUUCGAUUCUUCGACAGGAGAAAAACCUGCUGGAUAUCGAUGCCCCAGUCACAGUUUGUGGGGACAUCCAUGGACAGUUCUUUGACUUGAUGAAGCUCUUCGAAGUGGGAGGAUCUCCUGCCAACACUCGCUACCUCUUCUUAGGGGACUACGUUGACAGAGGGUACUUCAGCAUCGAAUGUGUGCUGUAUUUGUGGGCCUUGAAAAUUCUUUACCCCAAAACACUGUUUUUACUUCGCGGAAAUCAUGAAUGUAGACAUCUAACAGAAUAUUUCACAUUUAAACAAGAAUGUAAAAUAAAGUAUUCAGAGCGAGUUUAUGAUGCCUGUAUGGAUGCCUUCGACUGCCUUCCCCUGGCUGCGCUGAUGAACCAACAGUUCCUAUGUGUACACGGUGGCCUGUCUCCAGAGAUUAACACUCUAGAUGACAUCAGAAAAUUAGACAGAUUCAAAGAACCACCUGCUUAUGGGCCCAUGUGUGACAUCCUGUGGUCGGACCCCCUGGAGGACUUUGGGAACGAGAAGACUCAGGAACAUUUCACUCACAACACAGUCAGGGGGUGUUCAUACUUCUACAGUUACCCAGCUGUAUGUGACUUCCUGCAACAUAAUAACCUGCUGUCCAUCCUCCGAGCCCAUGAAGCCCAGGACGCAGGGUACCGCAUGUACAGGAAGAGCCAGACCACAGGCUUCCCUUCUCUCAUCACAAUUUUCUCGGCACCAAAUUACUUAGAUGUGUACAAUAACAAAGCUGCGGUGCUGAAAUACGAGAACAAUGUGAUGAACAUCAGGCAGUUCAACUGCUCCCCCCAUCCAUACUGGCUCCCAAAUUUCAUGGAUGUUUUCACCUGGUCGCUGCCAUUUGUUGGGGAGAAAGUGACCGAGAUGCUGGUGAACGUCCUCAACAUCUGCUCAGAUGACGAGCUGGGGUCAGAGGAGGAUGGAUUUGAUGGAGCCACGGCCGCAGCCCGGAAGGAGGUCAUCAGGAACAAGAUCCGAGCAAUAGGCAAAAUGGCCAGAGUGUUCUCAGUUCUCAGAGAAGAGAGUGAGAGUGUCCUGACGCUGAAGGGCCUGACCCCGACUGGCAUGCUCCCCAGUGGAGUACUUUCCGGAGGGAAACAAACCCUGCAAAGCGCUACUGUUGAGGCUAUAGAGGCUGAUGAAGCUAUCAAAGGAUUUUCACCACAACAUAAGAUCACUAGCUUCGAGGAGGCCAAGGGCUUAGACCGAAUUAACGAGAGGAUGCCGCCUCGCAGAGACGCCAUGCCCUCCGACGCCAACCUUAACUCCAUCAACAAGGCUCUCGCCUCAGAGACUAACGGCACGGACAGCAAUGGCAGUAAUAGCAGCAAUAUUCAGUGACCACUUCCUGUUCACUUUUUUUUUUUUUUUUUUUUUUUUGAGCUGCAGGGCAUGAUGGGAUUGCUGCAUCUCGGCAGUUGGAUGUUCUUGGCUCUGACAGUAGCUUGUUUGCUCAGGGGGCCAGGAGUUGGAUUCAGUUUACACUAUCAUGAAAAAAAAAAAGAGGGAGAGAGAUAAUAAACUAUAUUUUGGUGAGGGUGGUGAUUAAACACCUCUUUUGGGUAUGCCUUUAAAAAAAUGCUUCUAGGAAAAAAGUUUUAAAAAGAAAGCUAAUGCUAGUCUAUACUGCAAUGUUAGGGGAAUGAACGUGUUUUCCUACUGCACUGGGGACUUAUAGAUAGCUUAAUGAAAGGCCUUUUAUUCUGUUACUGGACACGAAAACUUUGUCUAAUUUCUUAUAUACUCUAUUGUACGUUUACAGUUGCAGCACUAAAAAUGGAUGACAUCAAACAUUUUUAAAAAAAAAAAAAGGUGUACAAACUAACUAAGGACUAUUUAUUGAUAAUGUUUUGUUACUCUUGUCAGACAAUGGCUAUAAACUGAAUUAGGCAGUCUAAAAAAAAAAAAAAAAGCCUGGAAUAAAAAAAAAAAAAGAAUGUUGAAAAUUUGUUAAAAUGCCAAAAAAAAAAAAAAAGGAAAAAAAAAAAAAAAACAAAAAAGAAAAGAAAAAAAACAAGGACAGUUUAAUUUUGUAUAGCUCAUGCUUACCUCAGGUUCCUUUAGUUUGCUUGAAUGCCCUUCCUUCCAUAAAACACUUAUUAAUUUGGCAGUGAAUACAUUUUCUUUAAGUUAAAAAAAACUGGAAUAAUUACACCCUUCUUUUUGCUGUUUAUAUUUAGGGGUUUUGUUGAUAAAUCAAGUCUUGGUUGUGGCUUGCUGAAUUCAAUAUUUAUGAGUGGUGCAUUUUUAAGUAUAGUGAACACGACACCGUAGUGCAGUGAUGAAGCAUCUAUAUUCUGUAAAAAACAAAAACAAAAAAAAUCUGCCUAUGCAUGUUUUUUAAGAAAAAAAUAAAAUAAAAUGGCUGUAUCGGCCUGUAUGGGACUGUAAUGCGCUUAGUGGUCUGACAUAUACUGGAAAUGUAUGUAUACUGGCGUACUUUAUAUUCUCUAAGAUGCUUAAUGCCUUUGAAAUUUUGUAAUCAAAAAAGCUUUGAAAAAAUCUAAAGGGGAGAGUAUUCUUAAAAGUUUUUAACAUAAGCUUGUCAGUGCACACAUAGAUGGUUGGCAUGUUUAGCAAACUUUGUGAAAUUUAAAUAAGUUUGUAGUUACAUGUGAAACUCUAAAUGCAUGGUAACUGUUGACGUCAUAACAGUUUAGUUAUUUCGUUCUGUUCUGUCAUGUGCCACAAAAUAUGUACUUUUUUCACUUUUUUUCCCCUUUGUAUAUUAGUUACGGGUUACAACUGGUUCAUUCUGAAAACAACAACAAACAACAAAAGUCCAUUCAUAUUUUUUAACAAUUGUAUAAGUGCCCAAGUCAUUCACUACAGCCUAAAGCCUUGCCUUUGUAAUUUGACUUCUGAAAUGUUGGCAAUCAAAGCAUGCACCUGUAACAAUGACAAAGAAAAAGCAUUUUAUAUUACUACUCAAUAAAAUGUGCAUGAACUUAAAAAAA